GAGGAGCCUGCUCACAUCACCGACAUGAGAGGCACCAGCAUCAGAGAGGCUGCACCCAAGACCCUGUUGGCCAGGGCGCUUUACGACAAUCAUCCUGAUUGCUCCGAUGAGCUGGCUUUCUCCAGAGGGGACAUCCUGACCAUUGUGGAGCAGAACGUGCCAGAAAGCGAAGGCUGGUGGAAGUGUCUGCUCCAUGGGAGGCAAGGCCUGGCUCCUGCCAACCGCCUCCAAGUCCUCAAAGAGAACCCUGCAGACAGAGCCUGUCCCCUGCUCCUUAGAGGCCUGGACACAGAUCUUACCAGCUCAGAGGCGCUCUAUCAGGUGCCCAGCUUGUUCUGCCCACCACCCCCGGGGCCCGUGUAUGAGCAGAUGAAGAGCUGGGUGGAGGGGCCACCUCCAGCUACUGCCCAAGUCUACGAAUUGCCUGCCUCACCUUCCAGUGCCAGGAUCAUCUGUGAAAAGACUCUGACCUUCCCCAAACAGACCCUCCACAUGCUUCCCAGACCUGCAAGGGCCUCGUUGCCAACUCUGCCUUCCCAGGUGUAUGACGUUCCUGUCCAGAGCCGGAUCUCCUCAACCCUUAAAAAUCUAGAGAGACAGCAGUGCUACGACAUACCCACCAGCUCCCAGAAGGCAGCGCUUCACUCCUCCGCCAGCCAGGAGAGUAGGGUUGUGCUGACACCAACAGCUGCCUUCAAACAAGGUGGUGGCUAUAAUACGUUAUCCAGCCCUCAGCAAUCAGAGUGGAGGAACAACGCUCCAGUGUUGCUGGGAAAGGCCAACGUCAGAAAUGCAUCUCUGACCAGCUUCACCAGAGAGUCGGGGUCCAGUGCCGAUCCAGGAUGCCCGUCCGCUGUGCGCACCGGAGCUGUGACUCUCUCCCCACAGCUGGACAGCAGAGUGCAGAAGAAAAGCAGUCCCCCAGAAGAGCCUUCCUAUGCUGUCCCGGCACCCAGAGACUCACUUCCUUCGGAUGCGGUCAGCAGCUACAGCGUCCCUUCCAGGUUUCUCAUUCCCAGAGUGGAGCAACAGAACACCAAGCCCAACAUUUAUGACACCCCGAAAGCCACACACAGUGUGUCUCAGGCUGGGAAGGAGCUGGAGGAAAUCAAAGAGGUUCCAGAGACUAUCCCCUGGAUCUCCAGACAGCCAAAUUCCCUGUCUCCUGACUCAGACCAAUUAUCGGUUGCCAGCUCAGACAGCAGAGCUAGUAUGGUGUCUUUGUGCUCCUCCGUGUCCAUGGACUCCUCCCCCAGCACCUCCUCUGAGGACUCUGCGAAGGAGCUGUGGAUGGACGUGGAUUUUGCCAAAGAGACGGCAAUGGCCCUGCAGCACAAAGUGGCCAGCUCGGCAGCGGGCUUGCUGCUCUACGUAAGCAGGACUUGGAGGUUCAAAGACUCCUUGGAGACCAACAUCCGCAUGAUCCGCAGGGCCGUGGACCACAUCGAAGAAUCCUUAAGAGAGUUUCUGGAUUUUGCUCAAGGGGUUGGCGGGACUGCCAGCAAUCUCACGGACAGCCAACUUCAGGCUAGGAUUAGAGAUCAGCUUCUAAUGAUCUCAGGUUCCUACCACAUUCUGCUGGAUGCAAAGGGGAACCUAGACCGCUGCAACUGGCCCCUUGAUGUUCUCGUGACAGACAAAGUCCAAAACAGCCUGGAUGACCUGGAGAGGUUUGUCAUGGUGGCUAGGAUGGUUCCAGAAGAUGUCAAGAGAUUUACCUCCAUUGUCAUUGCCAACGGGAGGCUCCUUUUUAAACAGAACUGUGAGAAAGGAGAGACGGAGCCAAAGUGUGAAAGAUGCAUCCAGUCUCCCCAAAGAGAAGCUGAGUCAAAUGAACACUGCCUUCAGCUAGUAAAGAAAAGCAGCGUGACUGUCUGUGCACAGAAGCCACCUAACCCACAAGAGAAAGGAGAGCCUAUCUUGGAACACAGGUCGGAUGAAAAUAAAGAUUUCCGUGCCACGAGCCCUAGCUCUCUUCCCUCUCCUGCUCCCAAUCGACAGGACACAGACAGGAAGAUCCACCUGUCCGAGCACUGCAGGCUCUAUUUCGGAGCACUCUUUAAAGCCAUUGGUGUCUUUACCAGCAGCCUGAGCAACAGCCAGCCCCCCGAGGUCUUCAUCACUCAGAGCAAGCUGGUCAUCACAGUCGGGCAGAAGCUGGUGGACACACUGUGCAAGGAGACCCAGGACAAGGAUGAACGCAAUGAGAUCCUGCGUGGCAGCAGUCACCUGUGUGGACUGCUCAAGGACCUGGCGCUGGCCACCAAGAAUGCAGUGAUUAAGUACCCGAGCCCCAGCGCCCUGGGCUGCCUCCAGACAGAGGUGGAGAAACUAGAGCAUCACACUCGGAAAUUCAGAGAGACAUUGGAAUGAAGCCUUUUCUAACACCUCCUAGAGAGGUCAACUCCUGGCUAGCUCUGCCUACAACUGGUGUCUCUGUCCUGUGGAAAAGCCAGUCACAUGGGUUCAAAUAGCCACAGCCCUCGGAGCUGGUAUUAGUAAGUGGCUGAGUCUCCAGAGGACACCGGUUGACCACAAGGAGGUCAAGAAGAGGCAGGUGACAAGUCAGGUGACAACCUUGUGAUGUUGAACUCACUGUGCCAAGUUGCACAGCACCAACAGCGGGAGUGACAUUGUAGAAGCCAUAUUUUGUGCCAGUCAAAUGUGUGUGCGGUUACAGUCAUUCUACACUUAUUUAUUAGGCAGCACCUCUGGUCGCGGUAAAGGGACUGAAGUGACAGCAGGUUAUCAGAGGCCCCGCCCUCAGAGUCAGUCUGAUCAGAAAGACAGAUGAAGAGACAAGGAAAUCUCUGCAGUCUGUCCACUGCUGAAGAGAAAGGAAAGCUGGGGAAAUGGGAUAGAGGAACUUAUUUUCAACAGAUUUAUUUCUGUUGCAUUCAUCAGAAAAUGUGGUGACCUGCAGGGAUUGCUGGUGCCUGUCUUUAAGUCCAGCACUCGGGAGGCAGAAGCCACAGAAGCCAGGCCAUUCAUAAGUUCCAAGACAAAGAGGGCUAUAUAGAGAGAACCUGUUUAUUUUUUUUAAAAAGCCCCCCCAAAAGUAAUGAUAGUUUGUCUUUUUUAUCUGUUAGUUUUGAAUUAAUACUGUGAGUUGUAUACAAAUUGCGUGUGUGUAUGUAUGUGUGCGUGUGUGCACGUGUCCGUGUGUUGCUAGAGAAUCUAGGGUUCCAUGCAUGCUGAGCAUGUACUCUGCCACUAUGUUGACCCCCUUGUCCCCCCAAAUGUAUUUUGACUAUGUUACCUCACCCCAAAGAUGACUGUUAUGUGUUCUGUUGGGUUCCCUACUAACUUAUUUUGUAUGUUACAUAUCUGUGUCAGUCAGUUCCAUGGCUCAGUUAGAUUAUUAGUUUAUAUUUCACUAGUCUCAAGUCUUAUAUUAUUUAUCUGUAAUCAUGGGUUUAAACACAUUUUCAAGGUCCUGGGAGAUGACUCAGGAAGUAAAGGUACCUACCUACUGCCAAUCCUGAUUGCCUGAGUUCUACUCCAGGGACCCACGUGGUGGAAGGAGAGAACUGACUCCUAAUAAUUGACUUUGAACAUACACACACACACAAAAAAAACCUGUAACUUAAAAAUAAAA